AUCUGUGCUGAGCUCCUGGCUUCUCUAACGUUUGUUUGUUGGCUUCUGUGUGGCAGGAUCGGAUGAAGAUGGAGAAGAGCCAGAGCCAGGCCGUGGAGGGGGAGCUGGCGCAGGGCGAGGGCUCGCUCAGGGACCUGGCGCUCAAGUGGUUCACCAACACCCAGGCGCCGCUCAUCCUCCACGAGGGCAACUUCCCCGCCUGGUUCCAGGGCUUCAUCACCAGAAAGGAUGCAGAGGAUCAUUUGAGAGAUAAGGAGGUUGGCUGUUUCCUCAUCCGACUAAGCGACAAAGCCGUCGGAUACAUCCUCUCCUAUAAGGGGCGAGACCGCUGUCGCCACUUUGUCAUCAACCAAAACAAAACAGGCCAGUUCAUAGUCACAGGAGACACAGAGAUGCACGAUAGUCUGACAAGUCUGGUGGCGUUCUACCAGAAAACCCCCAUCGAGCCAUUCGGAGAGUACCUCACCUGCUCCUGCUUCGAGUCCGCCAGUGACGAGCUGUACGAUGUGAUCCAGUUCAACGCUAAGAGGAGUGCAGGAGUCAGCGUGCAGGCAGUGAGGAGCUUGUGGGACCAGCGUAGCGUUGGCUCCAGUGAGGGGGGGACCCUGCCUGCCCUGCCCCCGAAGAGCUCCUCUGAGGGGGAGACCCUGCCUGCCCUGCCUGCCCUGCCUGCCCUGCCUGCCCUGCCUGCCCUGCCUGCCCUGCCCCCCAAGAGCAGCCGGAGACCACAGACCACCUCACAGGCAGUGCCUCCAGUGCCCAGGAGGGGAAUUGCGUCUAAGACGGUGUCUCUGGAGGACCCCAGCACCCGACAGGAGAGGGACAGGGUCCUGUACGCGCGCCUGGAGCAGCCCAGAGCCACGGAGAGAGAGCAGCCUCCACCCCCCAGCCGCCGGGGCUCAGACAGGUUCCCAGACGGCCUGAACGACGUGUGCAGGGCGGCGACGCCUCACGGGGCGAGGGCGAGUGCCGACGGCGUCGCGGUGCCUGGGAUCGUGUACACAGAGCUCAGUCUCAUGGAGUGCCGGAGCCGCUCCUUGCCCUUACUGGACGAGGCGGCGGAGAGCCGCUCCUACCGUCUGAGCACGCCGUCCCCCAGCCCCCCCAGCGUGUCGCCGGGGCAACCACGCCGUGCCGGCUACACCCUUUCCCUGCAGGGCCCGCGGGAUGUGGACCCAAGGCCCGCCGGCCGGGCGUCACCCAGCAACCACGGUCUGGGAAAUCUGACUGGCACCCAGCUGUACCAGCUGGCCGGGAGACCCAUCAGCAGUGGCAUCAGUGGGGUCAGUGGCGGUGGUGGCAGUGUGGGUCACAGGGUGGCAAAGGCGGACGACACGGAGCAGGAGAGCGAUACUCCAUACGCGCAGGUGCCCCACAAGCCCGUCCCCAGGAGGUUCCUGCUGGACAACACGUAUGAACAGAUUCCAGAGCACAAGGCCCAGGACUGGGGAGAGGAGCAGAGAACUCAGGGAAACACGUAUGAGUCUCUGGAGGACCUCAGGAGCAAACAGCCCAAUGCCACUUCAGCAGCGAAGAGUGAUAAAUGGAGGUGGCUAUUUCCGGAGCACAGGAAGAAACAAUGACACUGAUGAGGAGAGCAAACCCACUGAAUCAGCGACCAAACUGAACUAUUACAGAUGAACACAGCACCGGUUCACCCUCAUCAAACCCACUGAAUCAGUGACCAAACUGAACUAUUACAGAUGAACACAGCACCGGUUCACCCUCAUCUCUGCUGAUCGGGGCCACAAGGGCAACACUACAGGAGCUCACUAACACAGGGCUCACACGUCACAUGACACCGCUACAAAAGGAAAAUACACAAGCUAUAUCACGCCCCUAGCUACAUUAUCAUUUAGGUAGUCAUUUAGGUUUUCUCAGACAGAUUAAGUGGUGCCAAACCCCCCAAAAAUGCACACUGAAAGUAGAUUAGUUUGGCAUUUGAACAAACUAAUGAAACUAACUCUGACAGUGCAUUACUUUAAUAUUUACACAUACAAAGAAACAAGCUUGGAAGCUACAUUACUUUUACGUUUGACUUCUGGAAACUUUGAGUGCUGGACACACAUUUGUUGUUUUAUGGGAUUUGUCUCAAAUUGGACAAAUUUCUGUUAUUUUUGAACCCUUCGAGGAGUGAGUCAUUCCAGAAUUAUACCGUACAUAUCUAGAAUAUUCAUGUACUGCAACUCAUAACGGUGCUUGAGUUCAUUAUUACAUCAUCAAAUGGAACCUUCCGUUAGCAACUGCAUUCUAAUCAUGCAACAUUCUAAUCACAUACAUGUGAUCAUACUCCUCAAAGGGUUAAAUGACCCGAAUUUUAUAUUAUAUUAUUUUUGUGUUGUUGGAAUUAUCUAUGUUUGCAAUGUUUAUGUUUUGUGGCAUUAUUAUAAUUG